CCAGCGGGAGGCCGUGCGGAAGUGCGGUGGGGGACGCGGGGGGCGGGGGGCAGGAGCGCAGCCCCCAUGGGCACGGAGGAGGGAUGGUGCCUGCUGCUCUAUUUGGCUCUGUCCGGGGUGGUGGCAGACCCAGCGGAAAGGCAGUGGAGGGCAGUGGAUGUGGUCCUAGACUGCUUUCUGGUGGAGGAAGGCAGGCAGCGCGGCGGUUUGGCCAGCAGUAGGGACAUGGUGAAGGCCUUGCUCGUGCUGAGGCAGGUACCGGUGCUGGAUGAUGGCUCCCUGGAAGGCUUCACCGAUUUCCAAGGGGGCACACUGGCCAAAGACAACCCACCUGUUACCUUCGAGGCCUCAGUGAACUUGGUACAGAUCCCCCAGGCCGAGGCCUUGCUCCAUGCUGACUGCAACGGGAAGGAGGUGACCUGUGAGAUCUCCCACUAUUUCCUCCAGGCCACUGAGAAGGCAGCUUGGUUCAUCACCAAUGUGCAGGUGUCCGGAGGGGGACCUAGUGUCUCCAUGGUGAUGAAGACUCCCAGGGAUGCUGAGAAUGGGGCUGUCUUGCACCCCACACUGAACCUGCCCUUGAGCCCCCAUGGGACGGUGCAGACUGCAGUGGAGCUCCAGGUGACAACAGAGACCCCAUCCCUGAACUUCCUGCUGGGGUCCUCAGCCUCUCUGCACUGUGGCUUCUCCAUGGCACCAAGCUUGGAGCUGACUGGUGUGGAGUGGCGGCUGCGCCAUAAGGGCAACGGUGAGCUGGUAUACAGCUGGACCAGGGGGCAGCGGCAGGCCAAGCGGGAGGGCGCCACCCUGGAGUCUGAGCAGCUACUCGUGGCCGGGGACGCCUCCCUCACCCUGCCGAGCCUCACUCUGAAGGACGAGGGCGCCUACAUUUGCCUGAUCACCACUUCUUUGUACCAAGCUCAACAGAUCAUCCAGUUCCAUGUCCAAGCUUCCCCCAAAGUACGACUGAUCUUGGAGAACAAAACUCUGCCAGCCACCCUCAUCUGCAACGUUGCUGGCUAUUAUCCUCUGGACAUGACCGUGAUGUGGACCCGAGAGGAGCCAGGGGGAGCCCCGGUCCCAGUCUCUGGCGCCUCCUUCUCCAGCCUCCGGCAGAGCCCAGCGGGCACCUACAGCAUCUCCUCCUUCCUGACAGCAGAACCUGGCCCUGCAGGCACCACUUACACCUGCCAGGUCACCCACAGCUCCCUGGAGCAGCCCCUUAGGGCCAGCGCCCAGAUCCCCCCACCAGAGGAGAAAACAGCCUUUGGAGUCCUUUUUGCCAGCAGCCUCUUCCUUCUUGCACUGUUGUUCCUGGGGCUUCAGAGACGACAAGCUACCUCACCAAGAUCUACCAAGACUCUGAGGCCCUCUGGGUAACCACUCUCCUGCCUCAGAGCAAAAGGAAAGAGUAGUCAUAUUCUCCCAGAAGGACUCCAGCCAAGUCUCAGAGCUCAAAAAGGCCCCAAGAAAGACAUGAAGAAGGCAAGGAUCACGGGGACACUGGCUCUGUGCAGGUCUCUGACUUCUUUCACUGUGUCCCUGGGCUGAACACUAAGGGAGAAAACAUUAAGAGGUGAGAGGGUGGUAGGAAAGCAAAAUGUCCGUGUGGUGGUUAAAAAUGAGCCUGUGAUAGGAAAAGAAAAUGGGAAGAUAUUAAGAAAGGAGCAGGUGGGCAAGUUAUGAUCUCAGGGUUCGUGAGAUAGAGCCCCAUGUCGGGCUCCACACUCAGUGGGGAGUCUGCUUGAAGAUUCUCUCUCUCUGCCCCUCCCCCCCACUCAUGCUCCUGUUCUCUCUAAAAUAAAUAAAUCUUUUUUAAAAAAAGGAGCAAGUUGGGGGCAGUGGGACAAAGGGGUGGGGGUCGGGCCAUAACACACAAACAUUUUAACUCUGUCCAAAUAAAAGCCCCUUAUGUCCUCAGAAA